CAUAAACUGAGUUGGCAGUCUUGUCCUAUAUUUUUUGUUGCAUUUAAAGAGAGUAAAACCAUAUUCGAAACAAGAAAAAAAAAGAGCAUGGACGACAUGAUGCGGGCGAUGGACUAUCUGAAGGUGACAUCGACGAUGCAUAAUGCUGCUCUGGCGUCCACAGCGUGCACGGGUAGGACUUUGGGCGAGGAUCGGGAACCCAUAUGGGUGGAGGGCAGUAAGAGCACAGCGAAACCACCAUCACCGGUAGAAAGCCCAGCUCCAGAACAAAAGAAGAAGAUUCCCCUGCCCCCGAAAACCGAUUUUGAGCCCAAUAUAUCGUGCUUUCCCGACGUACAGGCCAUCAACGCCAGCAUUGUAAAGCGUGAGCUGGCGGAGGAGGGCAAGAGGUGUGUCCGCCAGCAGCUGAAGGCGCUAAAGGACAAACAGGACGGACUGCGCGUGUUGAGAGAGCCCCAGCAAAAGGAGGAGGAACGCCAGCGCGACCAGAUGCAACAGAAGGUGCUGCGGGAACGCAAUGAAAGUCUACUUAUCCAGAAAGCUGACCAGAUGGCUGCUGCACAACUGGAGGCCCAGCAACGCGAGCAAUUGUCAUUGCGCCAACAGACUGACCAGAAGCUGCACAAGCUGGCUCUGGAGGGCGUUUCCCGCUGCCAAAGAAGAUUCAACCAGAAGUACGAGGCUAUUGCCAGAAUACUGCUUUCUCUGGAUAAGGAGACGGUCAAGGUGUGCUCCGCACAAAACGCACAGCUCAAGGAGUUGGGCCAGAAAUUUGAACAGCUUGUAAGUACCGUUAAGAUGGGCAAGUGCGAUUUGCAGAGCCAGUUCCUCUGCUCUAUAAUCAAGGCGGAAGAGUGCUGCAAGAGCCUGGAUGUUUUGGAGCUGGACAUCAUUAGGCAGCUGGCCGAGUUCUCCGAACAAAUCCAGCAGCAGCUCAAGAUGGAGGCUGCUAAGAAGCUGGAAGAAGAGCGGCAGAAGCAGCAGCAGGAGGAGGAGCGACAAAAGCAGGUGGAGCAGGAAAAGCUUAGGCAGGAGGAGGAGUCGGAGGCUAAGAAAAAACAACAAGAGGCCGAGGCUGCCAAGGCCGAAACGGCCAAGGUUUCUGCUCCCUUGGAGACAAAAUCCCAAGAUGUGCCACCAGCGGCCACAGUGACAUCUACCUGUGUCCACCCAGACCGUCUGAAGUUCUACAAUGAUAUUCUUGCUCUGUAUCAGUCGAAGGUGGAUGCCGUAAAGCCGCUCCAAACGGAGGAAACCCUUAAGCAGUAUCGCACAGGUUGCCAGAGGGCAAUAAACCUGCCGCUGAACGCCAUCUCAGCAGUUAGUCCUCAGCAUCUAGCUCAGAAUUUUGACAAGCUGUACAGCUUUUUUGCCGGCCAGCCUACUAAAGUGAUGAAUGGAGCCACCAUAACUAUCAACGAUCAUCCGCUGGCUCGAGACUAUUGCAUGCUACUCAUGGCCAAGAAGUUUGUUAGUCAAACGGAGACUGCGAUAUGCAGUAAUCCCCAGGCUGCCUUUCCAUUUGCCUCUGUGAUAAUAACUUUUUGGAAAUUGUUGCCGGAUUUCGGAAAGGUUUUCCUUGCAUACAUGUACAAAGAGUCGCCCUUUCUGGUGCCCUACGUUAUACCCCAGCAGCCGGGACAGACUCCGGAGCAGUAUCUGAAGACCAUCGGCUAUAGGCUAACGGAUAAAAACGAGCUGGAGAAACCGGACAUUUACCUUAAGCGUCAAACGGGAAUCGCUCGUCUCUACGCAGCUGUGAUUAUUACUCAUGGACGAAAGGCAGCUGGACCGGAUCAGUGCUUCGAGCUGGAUGAAGGAUGGCUCUGGCUAACGCACAUGGUGAAUGUAAAGCCAUUGCCCGACAUUAGUGCUACCAUGAUCAUGGAGAUCCUCCAGACCCUCGGUUUCGAGUUAUGGCGUACCUACGGCAAGCAGUUCGUCAAGCUGCUGGUCUACAUUCAGAAUAUCUACAUGCCUCAGCUAGCAGCCUACGACGAAGGCGGCCCAAAGACGCGGCUGGAAAUGCUCUUAGCCAAGUUCCUGCGCGAACGGCAGAUUGCACAGGCCGUCGGAAUUUUGCCUCCAGGAUUUUGGUAGGCAUGCCAUUUAGUUAGUUCUGUAAAUCAAAGUUGAGUGUAUGUAUAUUUAUAAAAAGUGACUAAUGUUAUACUGAG